AUGAAGGAUGUUCUUUAUAUUCGAAAGAUGCCUCCCGCAAACAUCGCAGCCGCGACAGUGACCGAGAAAAGAGACGGCAUCGAGGCCACGGCUGCUGAUCAUCGUUCCGUAAUAGAGGCUGAGAAUGGGGAUGGCAUCGACAUCGUGACCGACGACGAUCGCGAACACCGGAAGAUUCAUCUCGGCGGCACCACAGCUGCGAUAGAGAUCAAGACCAGAAGAGACAUCGACAUCGAGAUCAUAGUCGCAACCGUGAAGGAAGACACAGACAUUCACCCGAUGAAACAGACAGCCGUAAGCGCUCACGCCAACAUAGAUCUAGAGAUAAAGACUCGGAGCGCGACAGUCGCGGCGACCGCGAACGCCAGAAGAAUCGUCCCGGCGGAACCGCCGUUGAGAUCAAGAUCGACAUCGAGACAAUUUAGAGAUGAUGAUUCAGAGCGUGACAGUCGCACGCUGGCUCGGCGUCGAGAGAGCCCUGUGAGGAGGUCAGGACCGCCGCCGUCCCAAGAAGCCUCGUUUACAGUCACCACGCUGGCUCGGCGUCGAGAGAGCCCUGUGAGGAGGUCAGGACCGCCGCCGUCCCAAGAAGCCUCGUUUACAGUCGCCACGCAGGAAGGCGGAGAGAGCUCUGUGAGGAGGUCGGAAACGCUGCCGUCCCAAGAAGCCUCGUUUGCAGUCACCACGCAGGAAGGCGGAGAUCCCGAAAAGCCGAAAGAGAAGCCAAAUAUAGGAAACACUGGCCGGCUAGCUUUAAUGUCCUCCUAG